GACAUACACAUCCAGCUUACUUUACAGCCUAGCGAAGAUAAACAUUGGAACGCAGUCAUAUCAAGCGGACCUUAACCUCUCCGAAAUAAACAUGAAUUCGUGUGUAAAAGCUUUUCGUGUUUCACACUUUAGACAAGUGUGCAAACAUGUUAGAGUUUUUAGUAUUUAUGGUGGAUGUAUUUCUGUUGCGUCUAAAAAUGGAUUCUUUCAAGUGCACGAGAGAUUGUUUUCAACGGAGAGGAAAGGUCGUCGUGUAGCAUUUGUGACCGGAUCGACAAGUGGAAUUGGGCUGGGUAUUGCCCAACGUCUUGCGCAGAACGGAUAUGACAUAAUCAUAACUGGCGUUGCGUCACAGAACGAUAUCGAUAAUGCCUUGACAAUUCUGAAAAGCAAACACGGGGUCAAUUGCACGUUUCAUGGAGCGGAUUUCACGAAGGAAUCUGAGGUAGCCCAAUUAUGUACAGAAAUAUCGCGCAUGUAUCCGCAUGGUAUAGACGCCCUCGUCAAUAAUGCGGGAAUCCAGCAUGUGGCGCCCCUAGAAGAUUUUCCGGUGGAUAUCUGGCAUAAAAUGGUGGCAAUCCAUCUGACGUCAUCAUUCCUUCUACUACGUUACUUCAUUCCUUUCAUGAAGAAAAAGGGCUGGGGUCGUAUUGUCAACAUUUCUUCAAUCAACGGACUGAUUGCCAUGCCUGGCAAAGGACCAUAUUGCUCCAUGAAGCACGCACUUAUUGGACUUACUAAGGCCGUAGCUCUUGAGACGGCCGAGAACGGUAUUACGUGUAACGCCGUGUGCCCUGCGUACGUCGAAACUGAACUUGUGAUGAAACAGAUUCGAGACAGGGCAAAGCAGAAUAACAUUUCCUACGAAGAGAUGCGAAACGAAUUAUUCACCUCAAGUCAUCCCACCAAAAAAUCGAUCACCGUCGAGCAAGUGGCGGCAUUAGUCGGAUUCCUAUGUAGUGAAGAGGCUGCGAGCGUUACCGGUUGUGCCAUUCCCGUCGACGCAGGAUAUACGGCCAGAUAUGAAAUGGAGAUGUCUGCGAGUAAACGACGUGUUGCCUUCGUUACCGGAUCAACCAGCGGGAUAGGUCUUGGCAUUGCGCACCGGUUGGCGAGUUCCGGUCAUGACGUCAUAAUACACGGUCUAUGUCCGCAGAAUGUUAGCGAUGCUGCAAUUGAGGAAUUGAGACGCCAUGAAGGCGUAAGCAUUUCGUUCGUCAGUGCCGACUUCACGCGAGAGGACGAGAUAUCUUACUUGUGUGCUGACAUCAUCAAACUUUACCCAGAAGGCAUAGAUAUUCUAGUUAACAAUGCAGGUUUCAACUCUGUCCAUCCAGUGGAGAGCUAUCCAGUUGCGACCUGGCACAAGAUGAUCGCCGUCCACCUUACUGCUCCUUUCUUGCUCUCCAAGUUCUUUGUCCCAUACAUGAAAAAGAAAGGAUGGGGUCGUAUAGUCAACACGUCCUCUCAGAUGGGACUCAUAAGUGCGCCCGGGAAAGCACCCUACAGUGCCGCCAAGUCCGGAUUGAUUGCCUUUGCAAAGGGGCUUGCAUUGGAAGUUGCUGAGCAUGGGAUCACCUGUAACGCAAUAUGUCCAGGCUUCGUCGAGACCGACUUGUUAAAAGAACAGAUAGAAGCUAUUGCCAGAGAAAGCAAUGUCCCUUUCGAGAAAGCACGGGCAGACAUUUUUGAGAAACAAAUACCGACCAAGAAACCAGCAACUGUCGAGCAAGUAGCUGCUCUGGUUCACUUCCUAUGCAGUGACGACGCCGCUAGCAUGACCGGAAGCGCAUACCUGAUGGAUGGCGGAUUUACGGCACGCUAGAGACAGUCGUUUAAUUAUUUCUGUGAAUUAAGUUUUCAUGAACGAUAUGUUAUAACAUUAUUUUUGCGACAAACAGCUAAAGGUGACAAUCACACAUGCAAGCUAAGAGAAAAAAUCUUGACUAAGGCCUUAUUUUGAUUAGGAAUGCAUAACCGAACUGAGGUCUGUUUUUGUUCUCUAGUAUGGAGAAACCUUAUGGUGUCAAGUUAACGUGUGUUCAAAUGUUUACUUUUUUGGAUGUACGAACACAGCGGUGCAUUGUAUUUAUAUUGUAUUUGGGGUUUAAGUCCUUAUCGUGACAAAUAAAUGGCAUCUCAAUCAA